CCAAUGAGGCAGCUGUGGACGCUCGAGGAGGAGCAGCAUCUCUCCGCUGCAGCGCAUCCCUCCUCGUUGGAGUCCGUCUGCUGCUCCGCGACGCGUGGAUGGACUCCGUCGGUGCGCGUCGUUCCUCCCGUCCCCCGUUCGCUCCUUCUGGUUUCUCCAUUGUCGUGAUGCGCCCCGCGGACUGUCUCUGAGGACCUUGAAGGGGGGAGAGAGGGGAGGUUCUCUCGAGCCAUGUGGACGGAGGAGGACAGAGGAGAUCGACCCUGAAAGAGCCUCCAUCUGCGUUCUUCUCUAAAGAGCCCGAAAGGAAACAGCGACAGACGAGAUGGUACAGAAGAAUGGCUGCACCUGACCUCCUGGACCCAAAGACUGCAGCCCACAACUCCAAGCCUCGCCUGUCCUUCUCAGCAAAGCCCGUGGUUCUGAACACACCGGAGGAUGAGUGCGACACUCGGACCACAGUCAUGAGGUGGAAAACCGUGUCUGCCAUCUUCUUCCUGGUGGUGCUGUACCUCAUCAUCGGCGCCACAGUGUUCCGAGCGCUGGAGCAGCCUCAGGAAAACUCUCAGAAACUCGCCAUCCUGGCGGAGAAGCUGAAGUUCCUGGACUUGCAUUCCUGCGUCAAUGCUUCAGAGCUGGAGGAUCUGGUGAAGCAAGUGGUCUCAGCGGUGCGAGCAGGAGUGACCCCGACGGGAAACCUGUCGCUGCAGACCAGUCUGUGGGACCUCAGCUCCUCCUUCUUCUUCGCUGGGACUGUUAUCACCACAAUCGGCUUUGGGAACAUCUCUCCUCACACAGAAGGAGGGCGGAUCUUCUGUAUCAUUUACGCCCUACUUGGAAUCCCUCUGUUUGGGUUCCUGCUAGCUGGGGUUGGAGACCAGCUGGGUACCAUCUUCGGGAAGGGCAUCGCCAAAGUGGAGAAGAUGAUUGUGGUGAGACACGCCUUUUACAAGUGGAAAGUCAGCCAGACGAAAAUCCGAGUCAUCUCCACGCUGCUCUUCAUCCUGUUCGGGUGCCUCAUUUUCGUGGCCCUGCCUGCUGUCAUCUUCAAGCACAUCGAAGGCUGGAGCACCCUCGAAUCCAUCUACUUUGUCGUCAUCACGCUCACCACCAUCGGCUUUGGAGACUUUGUCGCAGGAGAAAAAGGUCACCUAACUGAGGGUGGGUCAGAGAGCCUAGAAUACCUCAACUACUACAAACCCGUGGUGUGGUUCUGGAUCCUGGUCGGUUUGGCAUACUUUGCUGCUGUCCUCAGUAUGAUUGGAGACUGGUUUAGGGUAAUCUCAAAGAAAACUAAAGAAGAGGUUGGAGAGUUCCGUGCACACGCAGCCGAGUGGACGGCCAACGUCUCCGCCGAGUUCAAAGAGACCCGCAGGCGGCUCAGCGUCGACAUUUAUGACAGGUUCCAGCGAGCGGCAUCCAUCAAGCGCAAGCUGUCAUCCGAGCUGGGAAUUAACACGUCCCUCAACCCUGAAAUCACUCCUGGCAAGAGAACGUUGUCAGCCAACCUGUGUGAGGACAGAGACGCCUACCCUAACCUGACACUCUCCCUCAGCCCCGUUCCCGGCGCCCUGACCCGGAACGGCAGCCUGUUCUUGAACGGGCUCAGCCCGGACUACGCCGACCGGCGGGAAGUCGCCAUCGUUGAAAACCUCAAAUGAAGCAAGAGAAAGUUUUUUUUUUUUUUUUUUUUCACCUGAUUGAUUAGGAUUGGAAAGACGAACGUGCGCCUGUGCUCAUCGAUCGAGCGUCGCCCACGCUGUGCCCGUCUGCGCUCAUUAAGGAGAUUGUUUUUCUUAAGCACAGAUCAAUCCUCAAGCUGUGCACAAGCGUGCGCCGCUCCGUCCCACCCGGUUACAAAGACUAUAUACAUAAAUUAAAAAGAAGUACUUGUGUGUCCCUGCCAGUCUGAUUGGCAGCUUUGUCACUGAGCCAAACUGAAGAAUGUUUCCCCGGCUGGAACAAAAGAUUGUAUCUGAGGCGGGAAGGAAACAAAGGCUCGCAUCCUUUCCGCAUGACAAACACGUGUGCAUUCAGAUAUAGGAAGCAAUAGAUGCUCAGCUGUUUGGAUUUCUACUCUCAACAGACUGGAAGUCUUGUGCCACAGGAAAAGUCAUGAUUUUUGUCCUGUUUUUGCUGUCAGUUUCUUACAUUGUAUGGAUUUGUAUGCCUUGCAUUCACCGGUCUGUCGUCCCUCACUGAAGCAAUGAAUGUUUUUAGAUUUCAUCUGAAGUAAUAAUCCAGGAGUGCCUUAUUGAAAAUCCCACUGAACAACUGAGCAGCUUUUUUCUGAAGCUCAGCGCUGAUGAUGUUUCUAGCAUGUUCCAUGGAAGUAUCGAACGCUCAAAAGCCAUCCUGUGUUUUCUGAAGAGUCUUUCGUUUGCACGAGAAACGACAAGUGGACGAACUGAGAUGAGUGCUGCACCGCUCCACCUGAAACCAAAGCAGAGAUCCCGAUCUUCAGUCCGAUUGAGUUAUUUUUGAAAUAAUGCACUUUUCCCCGUGGAACUGGAACACAGAAGCUUAUUUUCUGCAUUUGAAUGUUCAGGCCAGUACUGAAUGUACAACCUUUAUCUGUUCAGCGGCCAACACUCUUCGUAGGAAUGGAUGUAUUGCUUUAAUCCAGGGGUCCCCAAACUUUUUCUUGUGAGGGCCUUCUCUGAUGGGGGGCCGGGGUCCGUUUGUAGGCUAACAGAAAAAGUGUAACAAUCAUAGUCAAAACGUAAACAUUUAUGGUUUUCCAGGAAGCCACACAUAGCCACAUUUUAAAUAAUUCACUCCUGUCAUCUUCACAGAAAAAAAUGAUACAAAACAUCUUAAAAACUAGAGAUAUAGCAUUAACUGCAAUAGAUUAAUGGCUGGAGAUGCUUAAAUUGAUAGCUAAAAGCACUGAAGCUAGUAGCUGAAAAUGCUGAAGCUGAUAGCUAGUUAACAUAUUUGCACCAACAUUUGCAAGUGCCAAAUUAGCCAAAAAAAACUCAAAAAGUUCUAAAUUAGCCAAAACAGCUAGCAUGUAGCUAAAAUAUUAGCAAAACUUCAAAAUAUCC